AUGAAAGAGCAUAACGAACCGCUCGAGGAAAAUGUUGAUCAACUAACCCAAUGGAGGGAGCGAUGUGCCGACCAUGUUUCGGACCUGAAAAGUAUGCUGGACGAGUGUAACGACCGUGUGAAUAGUCGUACCAAUACUGAGGAGACGUGUCACCAGGUACUUUCAUGUGUGCAGAAAUGUCAUCUUUGCAUGUGCAAGUAUAUGAAAGAAUGGGGAAAUGGGAGUAGCAGAACAAAUGAAAGGCUGAAACGAAAUUAUUGCACGGAGAAUUCAACGACUGCAAUGACUUUAAUCACCCAUCGGAAUGCGUUGCCAACAUUCAAACCUGUGUAUAGAUUCUACAUGCUAAACUCACCAGUUGAAUUUUCACACGUUGAGAGAGAAGACCGCGGCAUAAAAUGCUUCACUUAUAAUCGAGUCCUAUGA